AUGUCCGUCGCAUCCGUGGCCGCGCUCCGGACGGCCGGCUCCGGCCGCUGCCGCGGCGCGGGUUCCCCGCAGGUCGGCCUGAACGGGGGCAGGUUCUUGGUGAUGCAGAGGAGGGAGCUGGUGACCAAGGCCGGGAUUGCGCUCGCCGUCUCCUGCUCCAUGGCAACUUCUUCAGCCUCCGCCAACGGCUCUGCUCAAGGGCUGGAGGUUUUGCCGUUCAAAGCGGACGGGUACAACUUCUGGACGUGGCGGGGUCGCCGGAUACACUACGUCGAGCAAGGCGCCGGGCAGCCCAUCGUGCUCAUCCACGGCUUCGGCGCUUCCGCUUUCCACUGGAGGUACAACAUCCCUGAGCUGGCCAAGAAGUACAAGGUGUACGCCAUAGACCUGCUGGGGUUCGGCUGGAGCGAGAAGGCGCUGGUGGACUACGAGGCCACCAUCUGGAUGGAGCAGGUCUCCGACUUCCUCCGGGAGAUCGUCAAGGAGCCUGCCGUCCUUGUAGGCAACAGCUUGGGAGGCUUCACGACGCUGUUCACGGCGACCGAGGUGCCGGACCUGGUCCGAGGCGUCGUGCUGCUCAACUCCGCCGGACAGUUCGGCGACCCCAACAAGCCGGCCGCCGCGCUGGCCGAGGAGGAGGAGGAGGAGGGAAGCCCGCUGUCCAGGUUCAUCGUGAAGCCGCUCAAGGAGGCCUUCCAGCGGGUGGUGCUGGGGUUCCUCUUCUGGCAGUCGAAGCAGCCCGCCAGGGUCGAGAAAGUCUUGAAAAGCGUAACUAACGUUAACUCAACUUGA